AUGGGCAUCAAGAUCCGCAACGACACGCGCCACGACGUCCUCGUCAUUGUCUUCACGUACUUCACGACGCCGUUCCCGACGCUGUACUACCGCAAGACACUGCUCAUCCCGGCCGGCGAGCGCUACAACUGCCCGACGUGGCAGAGCGCUGUCAAGAUCUACGCGUGGGAAGCCGACAGUAGCAACGG